AUGGAGGCGAGGGCCGUGUGUGAGAUUUUGAAAUACAUAAUCAUUCGCUGGAAAAGGGAAGUGGCAGAAAUAAGCCGGGAAGCAUUGUUAGAAGGGGAGCUGUUUAUUUCCAUAGAAGAAUCAAGUUCCCAGCAUCAAGCAGACCCUUUUCAUUAUGUGACAACCAUUACCUUUGCGGGAAGCACAUGUGGUGACAUAGGGUCCAAGCAGUUCCUAAAAGAAAUUCAGUCACUGUUGUCAGUAUUCUCUGGGAAGCUGUGUUGGCCUUCAGAUGAAACUUGCUGUGCCGAGGACCUGGCAGGGUUGGCAUCCUUCCAGAUGAAAUUUGAGGUUGAUGAAAAGCCCACAACUUUGAUGACAGAUUGUCUGGUUAUAAAGCAGUUUUUGCACAAAACCAGCAUAGUUCACCCAAAGGUCAGAUUCCACUUUGGUGUGAAAGUGAAUGGAGUCCUCUCCAAGGAAACCUUUGGGGUAGAGAAGGAGCCCGUUGUGAAGCUGCUGAAUGGGAUUGGCCUGCUCACCAAUCAGCACCACUAUAUGAGGCCAGGGGCCUGUCCGGUUUCCCAGCAAGUCUGCCACAGAAUCCACCCUGUGUUGGGGCAUCCUGUGGCCCUCUUCAUUCCUGACAAGGAACCCAACCUGGGCUUAUUGGGGCAGCUGACCCUCACUCCAGCAGCUGCUCUGUGUCCCUGCCACAAGCUUCAUCCCAGCCAGACCAGCAGGAUCUCCGCAGCCUUUGUAUUUCUAUAUGGACCUUCAGGUCUGCCUCUAAUAUUUCCAAAUCGGGAGCAUCCAUUAACUAUCUUCGAUGAUAAUUCCUACCUUUUUGACUGGAAGAAAUAUCACUUGUGUGCAGCACCCAACCUGAAUAUCAGUUUGGAAGAAGAUUUGGUGCUUCCUGAUGUGAGUUAUUGGAUUGAGUCCCAUGAGAGGAGCCAGCCCUGGGACCCAGAGAAACAAGCUUUGCUGCUGUUUCUCAUGGUGGAUUUCCACAAUGGAUUUCCAGCUCAGCUGCCAGAGGCCUGGGGGAUGCAGUCUUUGCUUCUAACUCAUCUUAAUAGCAUCCUCCUGGAGAACCAGAGCCUGGUACAGGGCACUGUACAGAUGGCUGUGGACCAGGCCUUGAGGCAGCACCACCAGCUAGUCAAGGCCCAACAGAAAUUGCAGGCAUCCAUCCCGGUGGCCGUGAGCUCCAUCCUCAGCAUCGUGGCUGGCAGCACCCGAAGCAGCUUUCGGACGCUUUGUCUCCAGACCCUUCAGGCAGCCGAUACCCAGGAAUUCAGGAGGAGACUGCACAAAGCCUUCCAGCAGACCCUGCACCGGCGGCUUCUCCAUCACUCUGCCUGUGACCCAAAGAAACAGCCGCUUCCUGAACCGACCAGCACAGAGGAGAGGGAGGAUGAGGCCGAGAGCCUAGAGGAGUCACUCCCAGAGAGUUGCUGUCCAGGAGAGGCUCCGAGGCCCAAGAGGUACUGCCAAGAAGGGGGUGUGGUGAAGGAGACCCAGGCUGCCAGGGGGCUGCCCCUGCUGAGCCUCAGGGAAACCACCCAGCGCUCUGUCGUACCGGGCCCCCCCUGCUCCCAGGCCAGGGGUUGGGGCCGCACAGAGGGCCGCGGAGAGGACACGCUGUGGCUGCAGGAGGUGUCCAACCUGUCCGAAUGGCUGAGCGCCGGCCCGGCCGGCCCGGGGUCCAGGCCCGGACCCUGGGGGGGCAGCCCCCGAACCCGCUUUUUUCAAUAA